GACACAUCUGGUAACAUGGUAAAAGCAACCCCCCUCCAUUUACUCUUCAAGGAUCCUCAAGCAAAUUGCUACCAAAUCCAUGAACAGAAAAAUACGAGACAUCACAGAAGCCUGGUAAAAAUGGAAGUAGCUGUACCAGAGGAACCUCAGAAGAAAAUCUUCCGUGCGCGAAAAACGAUGAAGAUGAGUGAUCGGCAGCAGCUGGAAGCGUUGCACAACACCCUGAGCUCCACCUCACCAUCUUCCUCCUCACCUACCCAAACACCGCUGGUGAACGGCAUCCACAGCGAGAAGGACAAGGAGAAAGUAAAGGAGAAAGACUUGAAUCAUAAAGAGACGGACUCUGUGUCACCUGCACCUGAUUCACCUCAAUCUUUCCCUUCUCCGUCUCUUUCUGUCUCUGUCUCUCCAUCUCCCGCUCCACCCAACACACAGACCACCUCACCUCUCCUAAGAAUGAUGGGUGCUAUGGAUGUGGAUGACGCUCUUGUGACCACAGCCUCUUUUGGUGACGGUUCAGAAGAGAAAAAGGACACAAGCAGUAAAAGUUUCAACUCUUCUCUCUCUGCCUCUCCUUCUUCUGGGAUAGACUGCGAUCCGGAAGUCAAAGAGGGAUUUCUGUGCCUGAGUGAAGAGGACGACGUCCAGGCAGAGAAAGAUGAAAAGAACGACCAAAAUGAGGACAAGAUGAAUGUUGAUGCGGAGAAAGAGGAAGAUAAAGAUGAGAAGGGGACUUCUGAAAAGACAGCAGACGACAGUCCUUCUGCUGGUACAAAGAGAUCCCUGUCAGAAGAGGAAGAUGACAAAGAAAUCAAGAAAGAAAGAGACGGAAAGCGAGCGAGGUUGGAUGGCGAGGAGCUGGAGGCUCAGCUGGAGCUGAAAAUUACAGCCACCGGUGGGAGCCGACAUAAACUUGAGAAGAUGGUACAGCAGUUAGUAGAAGAACGUUUACGGGUGCUGCAGUUGACUGUAUUUGACCGUAGCAUAAAAGAGCUGAAAGAGAGAGUGGAGAAGAUCGACUCUGCAAGCAAACAGCAAAAUGCCCUACAGCAUAUUAACACACUACAGGCUAAGAUAUCCCGGCUAGCAAAAAAGUUUGGUGCUGCUAAUCAGGCCUCGGAGAACGCAAAGAGAACUCAAGAGGUUUUUUCUGCAUCUGCUGUUGCUCAGGCCACCAAUGCGGCCAACAUUACCCCGAAUGCACUGCAACGUACUGUUAAAACCACAGUGGAUCCCAAACUAUCCGCUCCAUCAGGUCCUGCUACAGCGAUCCCAGCUCAGCCCAAACCGCUGUCCACACCAACUACGGCAACCUCAUCCGCACUGGCCUCCACUGCCCCCAUUUUACAGAUUAUCUCCACAACAACAAGUUCUACUCCCUCAUCCACCUCCUUGGCUGGCCAGUCUCAGACAGGCACUCUUUUAUUAAAGACUGGUCCUAAUACAGGGGUCAUGACUACCAACGCAGCAACAUCAGGAGGCCAGUCCGUCUCCAUUCAGCCACUUUUAAUUCAGCUGCCUUUAACUAUGGCAAAUGGGCAAAGUGGAGCAUUAGUCAAUACUGCUGGCGGUGUUGGUUUAAUACCAGUGUCAUCAUUAUCUACAGUUAAUAGCUUGAAUAAGGCGAAGACAACUACACCUACUACCACCACAUUUAUUCUCCAAAAAACGGCGGGUAGCGUCGCUUCGUCUUCCACCACAUUGUCGACACCCUCGACCCCAGGAAUGUCUUUGGCGAGAGCGGUUUAUCCGGGUGGCACAGGGACUGUUAGUUCACCCAGCACAGGGAUAUCUGUGACGUCAGCCCGAACGCCUACGCAGUGUGCUGCUGUCGUGGGAGUGUCCACGGCGGUGUCUUCUCCAGGAACCACAGGGCCUGCAGCGACUGGUUCAGCGACUGCUGCGGCAGGUUCACCGUUAGCCUCUGCGUUGGCCUCGAAGACUGACAAUCAGGCCGCAACCAAAACACCAACUCAGCCUGGUCGUCCCAAAGGUUCUGUGAUCGAUCUGACUGAGGAUGACGAUGAUGUUCAAGUAACAGGAGUGCAGAAAGCCACAGUUUCCCCUAUGACACAACGUGCACCUUUAGUCAACUCGACUCCUAAUGCUGGGGUUCGAACAGCACAGCGCUCCUCUGUGGACUCUCCCUCUCUAUCCCGUCCAAGCUCUUCUUCCACCACCUCUCUUCCUCCAUUACCAUUAGCCCCGUCACCACCUGCACGUCUCCCACCAGAGGCCGCACAAACCUCAGCACCGCAGCAGCCCCAGCUCAAAUUGGCCCGUGUCCAGAGCCAAAACGGAAUCGUGCUCUCCUGGUGCGUCGCCGAAACGGACCGCAACUGCGCUGCUGUGGAUACUUAUCACUUGUAUGCCUAUCAUCAGGACCACCAGGGGGCAGCAGCGGGCAACAUCGCCUCGGCUCAGUCGCUGUGGAAGAAGAUCGGGGAAGUGAAGGCGCUGCCGUUGCCUAUGGCGUGCACCUUGACCCAGUUCGUGUCGGGGUCAACCUAUUAUUUUGCCGUGAGGGCGAAAGAUGUGUACGGCCGCUUCGGGCCGUUCUGUGAACCGCAGUGCACUGAUGUCAUUACUCCAGCUUUAUCCUAAGUUAAUUCCAAAUGCUGGUAGGAUGAUAGAAGAGGGUGUGGUAUAGUCGAAAAGAAAUGUUAUAAUGGUUUGUAAUUGUUACAAAAUUAACUUCAAAGACCACUGGUUUAGUCUGGCCCUUCGUGUUGUUAGAAAUGAUAGAAAAUUCAAAUAGGUCGUCUAAUGCAAAUGGAACUACAGAUACUUACGAAUGCAUACAGAGACGCGACACACUAUUUGUUUCAACUUUAUUUUGCAAUGGGAGGGGAACGUGCAGACUUGCAUUGUGCUUGAAAUUGUAUUUUCCUUGUGCAGAUUGUACAGAGUUAAGUAUUUCCUUCUUUUUUUUUUAAAGUGACUUUUUUUAAAUAAAACAAUAUUCAAUACAUUGCACAGAUGUUCCAUGGUAGGACCCGGAAGUUAGUUACAUAAAACGAAAGUGUUCAAGUUUUGUAGCGUUUUUGUCUGGUACCCAGACACUCCAAAAAUGACACUCAAUAAAAGUAUUGAUAUAUUUAAAAAA